GUGGUGAGCAAGUUCUUACAAAGAAUUCUUAAUUAAAUAAACAGUUAUAGUAUACGAUAUAAAGGUUUCAGCUUUAAUACGGUCAGCUUCUCUCACAUCCCCAAACAAAACCAAAAAGACGAUAACUAAAACCAAAAAGACGAUAACUGCAAAUGUCGCUUUUACCCUUCUUCAUCUCCACCGAGAUGUUUCCAUGGCUUCUUCUGAUUUUACUUCCUCCACUUCUUAUCUUAUUCACAACAUUUCUUCGCUCGCCGAAAAAUCUUCCGCCAUGUCCACCAAAGCUACCUAUUUUAGGAAACAUCCACCAGAUCGGAAGCCUCCCUCACCGCAACCUCAGAGAUCUCUCGCUCAAAUACGGCCCCGUCAUCACCGUCUAUCUCGGAAGCGUCCGCACGGUGGUUGUACACUCUCCGGAGACGGCGGAGGAAGUUUUGAAAGUUAAUGACUCCAGUUGCUGCACUCGCCCCAGAUUAUCCAUCACCAAGAGCUUUUUCUACGACGGACUCGGUCUAGGUUUUACUCAGUGGGGCGAUUACUAUAGAGAUGUUCGGAAACUCUGCGUUCUCGAGCUUUUCUCUGUUAAACGAGCCAACUCGUUUCGGAAUCUGAGAGAAGAGGAGCUGAGUCGACUCGUUGACUCGCUAUCCGAGUCGGCUGGUUCUGGAUCUCCUGUGGAUCUGAGCGCGAAGCUGAUCAAGUUCGUCGCGAGCUUCACUUGCCGAAUGGCGUUUGGAUUGAGUUUCCUCGGGAGUGGAAUCGACAACGAGAGGUUUCUGGAGGUGUUCACGGAGGCGAACAGGGUGAUCGGAAAAUUCGCGGCGGAGGAUAUUUUCCCUGUGUUUGGGUGGAUCGUUGAUCGGAUCUCCGGGCUCGAAUCUAGCCGGAGGAAGAGCUUUCGUGAUCUCGACGCGUUUUAUCAGAAAGCCAUUGUUGAUCAUCGGGAAAAGAAGAAGACGGAAGAAGAACGUGAAGAUCUCAUCGACGUCUUGCUCAAGCUACAGAGUCAGGAAACUAAACUCGGUUCCACUCGGAUCACUGAUAAACACAUCAGAGCCAUUCUUAUGGAUGUGUUUGUAGCAGGCGUAGACACAUCUGCAAUAAGUAUGGAUUGGGCAAUGGCAGAGAUUGCAAGACAUCCAAGAGUGAUGAAGAAAGUACAAACCGAGAUCCGUGAACACGUUGGAGACAAAGGCAAAGUAACGUACGAGGAUCUCGAAGGUUUAGAGUACAUGAAAAUGGUGAUCAAGGAGACUUGGAGGCUACAUGCACCCAGUCCGAUUCUUAUUCCAAGAGAGGCAAUGUCCAAAUUCAAGAUCAAGGGUUAUGACAUCUACCCUGGAACUCGGAUUCACGUUAAUACAUGGGCCAUUGGACGAAACUCUGAUGUGUGGAAAGAUCCUGAUGAGUUUAUCCCCGAGAGAUUUGUGGAUAGCAAUGUGGAGACGAAAGGGAUUAGUUUUGAGCUCUUGCCGUUUGGGAGCGGACGAAGAGGUUGUCCGGCGAUGUACGUGGGGUUAAGUACGGUGGAGUAUACAUUGGCGAAUCUUUUGUACCAUUUUGAUUGGAAAGUGGUGGAGGACGUGAGCAUUGAAGAGGCUCCUGGUCUUACUAGCCAUAGAAAGCAUGCUCUUUAUCUUGUGCCUGUUAAUGUCAUUAACCGUAAGUUUUAAAGAGUUUGGGAAACGCAAACGCAGUUUGCAAAGAAUAAAGAAAGUGUGUUUUGGUUUGAUUUUUGUAAGAAAAAUCUAUACUUUUUGAGUUUUCUAAUUCAUAAAUUGCAAUAUACUUACUCAUUUUUUUAUUAGCUAUUUGGAUAUUUUUCAUAAAGUAGCUUUGAUUUUAGAAA